GGAUGGACGCCACUCAAUUCGGCCUCGAGCAAAGGACAUAUCGACGUGGUCAAGCUUCUUCUCGAGAAGGGAGCUGAUAUCACAGUUCCAGACAAUGACGGAGGGACGCCACUCAAUUCGGCCUCUGACAGCGGACAUAUCGACGUGGUCAAGCUUCUUCUCGAGAAGGGAGCUGAUAUCACAGUUCCAGACAAUGACGGAUGGACGCCACUCAAUUCGGCCUCUGACAGCGGACAUAUCGACGUGGUCAAGCUUCUUCUCGAGAAGGGAGCUGAUAUCACAGUUCCAGACAAUGACGGAUGGACGCCACUCAAUUCGGCCUCUGACAGCGGACAUAUCGACGUGGUCAAGCUUCUUCUCGAG